ACCAUCCUUUCGUCCUCGCCGAGUGAAAGUAAAGCAGAGCAGCACACCAGGGAGGAGGAAGGCCUUUUUAUAGGUGCGCUAACAGUAGUGGAAGAAGAGGAGCUCUGUUUGGCUCGCUGAUGGCCGAGCAGCUGAUGCAACGGGGCAGCAUCGGAGCCUCGGGCUUCGUCGAAUAGAAAUUAAAAGGAGGGACAGGGGGGCCGGGGGGGUGGAGAAGAGAAGGAGGAGGAGGGCAAAGACGAGUGUGGGGCUUGAGCCAGCCAGCGUCGGUAUGCGAGGCUCCAUAGCCAGCAUGCCUGUGCAGAAGAGCAUCACUUGUGCGUGGCAGGGUCCCGUGAGGAGGACCACGCGAGAAGCGGUGAGCAGCACAAAUGUGGACGAGAGGCUUAAAGCUGCUCGGGAAAGGAGAGAGGAACAACAGAGGUUACUCGCCUCACGGGUGCACAGCAGGUAUGAGCGGGAGCAGCAAGCCAAGCUCCACUACGAGCAGCAGCUACAGCAGCGCCAGAAGAAGCUUCGGGAGCAAAAACUCAAGGAGGACAGGAGACGUGCUGCCGUGGAGGAGAAGCGACAGCAGCGUCUCAAGGAGGAAAAAGAGCGAAAUGAAUCUGCCGUGCGCCGGACCUUGGAAAAGAGCCAAAGAGCCCAACAAAACUUCAGCCAAAACGUGAGCGGCAGGAAGCCCGCUAAAAACGCUCCAGGUCACAUAGUGCUCAGCACAUGGGAGAAGAACCUGGUGAGUCGCCUGCUAACUCCCACAAGCUCUUAUCUGGCACGGAGCAAGAGUGCUGUUGGUCAGUCGGGAGAAGAAGUUGUUCAUAUUUGUCGCCAUGCAGUUUCGUUUUACUCCACGACCAGUAGCAGCCCAAGCGGCACCCAGCAGAAGCUCCAGGAUCACAGACCCCAGAUCCAGAGGUCCCAAAACCAGAGAGCCCAAGACCGGAAACCCCAGAUUCAGAAAUCCCCAAAUCAAAGGCCCCAGAUUCAGAAACCCCAGAACCAGAGACCACAGGACCAAAAACUGCAGAAACCCCAGAAACCCCAAAUCCAGACAUUACAGAAGCAGAAACCCCAGAUCCAGAGAACUCAGAACCUGAGACCCCAGAGCCAGAGGCCACCGCCGCCACAUCUGAGUCCCAGCCACAGCCAGAGAAGAAGCACCAGCGGUGUACAGCCCAAAGCAAGCACACUACAAACCGCUAACAAGAAGACUCCAAACAUCGGUCCACCUACUCGUUCGCCUACAAACCGUAACGCGGCAACUAAAACGAGCAGAACGGCGUCAUCGCCCUCUCCGGAACGGGCUCACAAGAGAUCAGGCCGGCGGCACUCCAUCCCUCUUCAACUGGACCUCGAGUCGGUUCCUGAGGAAGACGUUUCAAUUUGCAACUCUGCCCUGUCACCUGGCAACUCCAGGCCCGCCAGGGCCUCAACCGAAGACAACGUGGAAUAUUCGUCUGAGACUCAGAGCCGCCAGCCGGCUGAGAGCAGAACUGCCGGAGAUGGCAGUCCCUCCACAAUGCCUUCCGCUCCACCCAAAGCCCCGCUGAGGCCCUUGGAUGGUCCGAUCAACCCAGAAGAGACCUCUGGAGCGGCUAUGCUGCUCGGGGAGCUAGAGGAGCAGGAGCACUUGGCAGCUGCUGAAGCUGAAAGGCGCAGUUGGGAGGAGCUGCAGCGCCGCAGAGUCGAGGAGCGAGCCCGGCAGCGGGCUGAGACCGAGCGUCUGAUUGCGGAAAAGCAAAGACGUGACGAAGAGGAGCAUAGGCGGGCCGAGGAGGAGAGAGCUCAAGCCAUGCGUGAAGCGGCUCUUCUGCACAAGCAGAGGGAGGAGGAACAAGCCAGAGAGCGGGAGAAAGCGGCCCAGGUGCAGAAGGAGCGCGAGCUGCUCGGGCAGAAAGAGGAAGCCGAACGGCAAGUUCGAAAGAAGCGACUGGAGGAGAUCAUGCGGAGAACCAGAAGAACAGUUUCUCCUGACGCGAAAUCAGUGACGGUGAGCAUCUUACCGAAGGAGAACAAUGAGCCUCCUGUGCAGGAUGCCGUCCAGCCGCCGGCGGGUUCCAGGCCAUCGCAGGCGGUAAUGGAUGACAAGGAAGCCAAUGAUGACAUGGUGCCUGUGGUGGCCUUCAAAGAGCGCAGGUCUCUCCGGACUCUCACCGGUCUGGAAGACAUCCAGACACACCAACGAGCAGAAGUCAUUUGAGCUACGCCAUCUCAGACAAGCACGAAAGUCGCCGCCAUACUUGGAGGACUGUGAUAACCACUAUCUUCUUCUUCUAUGUAAGAUUUCAAGGAAAUGUCCUAAAAGGAUCAAUUCAGCACGGCAGGAAUAUCAAUUCAUUGUGGCUUUUGCCCCCCCGACUUCACAUCACAAUCGUGGACGCUGUCGUCCUUUGUGUAUUUACAAUCACACCACACUUUUGGUUUAUAAGAUGCUACAGAAGCCUAAAGUAGUUCCCAAAGACUUUGCUUUUUUUAAGUGUAGAAUAAUGUAUUUUUGCACAAAUAGCUGUGGCUUUGCGUAAUAAUAAUCAUAAUAUAUGCAAUCUUUAUCGAGGUGAUAGAUGAUAUUUUAUUCUUGUUACAUGAACGCGUACAAAACAAAUCAACAUUAAAUGAUAUUAAGUUUGUGUUAAUUGUUAGUAAAGUUUUAACUAAAAUGCACAAGUUAUGCUAUUUGUUUAAGGCUGACUGUGUCUUUGUUGGCUGUAAAUAUUGUUACAUUUACGAAAUGAGAUGCCUGCCUAUAUUGUAUACCAUAUGAAUAUUGAAACUGCUUUGCCAUCCUUCAACUUUCAAACCAAUUAAAAAAUGGAAACUG